UCUCCAUGUUUGGAAAAGUCCCAAAAAGCUGAAAUCAGCACACAGGGUCAUAAGAUUGCCGCGAUAGAAUAUUUCCUCCUACUUAUUUACAUUGACAUCUUUUAAUUUAGGCACACAAUUGUCUGAGUAACUUGUUUAUUGAGUAUAGUCACUUUCGAUAUCACAGUGGAAAGCCGACAGUGCACCAUUAUGCAGCUGCAAUGGCUUCCUUGUAAAACACCUUAGUCAGUUUCGUUUUGUGAAUAGGACGGCCACGAAAUGGCGGCGUCUGUGUUCUAAUUUUGUGCGGCAGGGUUUCCGUGGUGUAUUUAUAAGAGAAAAAAGUUUAUUUUUGUAAUCAACCGGAAACUUUCCAAAAUUGCAUACAAAUUAAGAACUGAAAAAAGUGACCAUGGGGAGGAAGAAAAUUUCCAUUACUAGAAUUAAUGAUGAAAGAAAUCGUCAGGUGACCUUCACAAAAAGAAAAUUUGGCCUGAUGAAGAAAGCUUACGAGUUGAGUGUCCUUUGUGACUGUGAGAUAGCUCUCAUCAUUUUCACAUCCAACAACAAGCUUUACCAGUAUGCCAGCUCAGACAUGGACAAGGUCCUACUCAAGUACACUGAGUAUAACGACACAGUGGUCAGUCAGACCAACAAGGAUAUACUGGAGAUGUUGAACAAGAAAGAUGUGAAAGGUGAAGGUGGGGAUGAUGAUGAUGACUAUAACCUGACCCCCAACACAGAGGACAGGUACCGCAGAAUUGACCAGGAGUAUGCACGGGUGAUGCAGUCCGGAGGGGCAACCAAACAGCCAGUAUUAUACCAGCAGCCCAUGCCAGUGUCUGUCCCCGUACAGGGAGGAUCCUUUCCUCAGACCAGUCAGCAGCAGGGGUCAGGGGGAUCAGUGGUCCUCCUGCAGCCCCCGGUCGCACACACUUCCAUCCAACAAACAACAGCUGCUAAAGCCCCACCCCCAGUGACUGCUACAAAAACGUCUCCCACCCAACCGACCCCGGAUUUGUCUCCAAACACAGCCUCAAAGGAAAUGGACUUUGGAUUAGGAAAAGGAAAACCAAAUCUUCGAGUUGUCAUUCCACCAAAAACAGAUACGUCAGCUGCUAAAACACAAUCCACCUCCCUGGACACACCACAGGUUUCUCAGGCCACCCCCAGUACACAGUUAGCCUCGGUCCUCCCCUCAGCUCUCCUACCCAGUAACUUACAGAUAAAUAGUGCUGAUUUAGAAAAGCUACUGGGCUCAGCGGCCUUUGGAGGAGGUGAUGCUUUGCAAGGUCCCUUAACUGCAGCUGUGCAGGCAUCAGGAAUAUCACUAACACCAAGUGGAUUAACCCCCACCAGUAACUUCCAGAAUGUGCUGAUACCAUUAUCACAUGCUCAGGCACUCCAAAUGCAGCUAGCCGGGAAAAAUGUCAAAGCAGAACCCACAUCGCCCCCAGACAAAGGGGGGUCAUCGGAGGACGAUGGACCCCCAGAAAAACAGGCCCGUAUGUCAUCUGACCGAUGACAGUGACCAUGUGUACAGUGUAGAUAGUUUGGGAAUCUUGUAUAAAGUAAUAUGCACAACACAGUUAAGUAGCUUUUCCCCCUGCUCUGUUAAUUUCUGUAUAAGUUUAAAACAAGCCUAAAGGCUAUGGACAUUUUGAAUUUAAAAAAAAACACAUGUACAAUGUGUAUGGUUACUAGUUAUCCUUUGAGAUUCUGUGUAGUAAAUAUCAUAUGAUAAGGCCUCUGUUAGUUCUAAAAGGAACAUAUAAAAUGGAGUACAUCUCAUGUAAAAUCUGAGUCUGCAUGGAUUAACUCUAGUUGUAAUGAACCAAUCUUAAGAAGUGUCAGACUUUCUAAAUAUUGGUUGCUUACAAUAAAACUAUUUCACUAUCAUUUUAAUCUGAAAAUGAUGUAUUUUUCUUUUGUCAAAACCUAUGGUACAUUUAAGCAUGUAUCAGCUAAACAACAUCCCAACCAGACAUGAUGUAUGAUUUCAACUAAGCAAAUGGUAUCUGUUUCAUAUAUGUAAAUACUUUGUGAUGUGAAAUUCAUCAGCUUUAAGAAAUCCAAUGUAUGCAUUGUACUAGACUUCUAAUGUAGAAACGUUUUACUGGUAUUUGUGAUUUUAUCAGGCCAAGAAUUGGAUUAAGUAGAAAGUUUACUUGUGUGGUUGAACUGUUAUGCCUAUUUUGAUGGAUUUACAUUGAUCACUUUUAACCAUUUGUUUAUCAUUCACAUUUGAUUCACCUAUAACAGCAGGUAUUAUUGUUAAUGUAUGGUAUAUUUUGUUUCAUUUUAUGAAUUAUCAGUAUUUUUCUUUUCUUGGCACUUUUUCAUAACUUGCACCAAAAUACUCCAACAGAUGAUUUCAUUUACUUAACAUUAAGAGUACUGUGUACAUUGUCUCGUUUUGUCCCUGUUAUCAAAGACUGAUGGGGAUAUAGUUUUAUUUUUUGUGUAGUUAUUUUCACAGCUGAAUAAAUUCAUGAUUAUAGAUUAAGGUAAUAUAGUUUUUGAAAUGGACUAAAAAUUGAUUUUAUUUUGAUAGAAUAUAUGAAAAUAAUCAUGAUUAAAUUUAAUUCAAAUUUAAACCAACACACAGCAGUCAGAUGAUGGUUAGGUACUUUAAUCAAAAUUUCUUUGAAGUUUUUUUUUCUUUUGUGUUACAGAGGUUUUUCCUUUUUCUGAAAGUUUUCUUGUUAGAAUUGAAUUUCUUUGAUAGAAUUUAUUUGAUAUUGCAUGUUACCGUUUAGAAGUUUGACAUCAGGAAGAUGUCAGGUUUCAUUUAGAUGUAGGUACAUCAAUUGUCAUGUGACUCUAAUAUACCGGUAAAAUAAAACAAUCAUAAAUACAUGUAUCCAAGACUCUCUGUCAAGUAUUAGAAGUACACAUAUAUAUUUUUAUGUCCAUUUGUAAAACACUAUUUGCAAGAGUUUGACAAUUCAUCUAUUGGAGUGACUUAUAGAGUGGCAGAAGAUUAAAUGUAGGUUGUGAUUGCAAUGUUCAUGUUUAUAGUUCUUUCUUGACAUGCAGUGUUAUUUUUCUGACAUAAUUAAUAUUCCCCUCAUACUGUGCUUGAUAGGGUUAAAUCACCUAGAAGGUAAACUUGUUUCUUUUUACAGAUAGAAUUGUUUUAGUUUUAUGUGCCAUUUUUCAUGAUAUUCAUAGAAAAGUAUAUCAUCUUGAAAUCAUGGUAUUUUUGUUUAGAGGAUAUGUAUAUGCAAUAAAAAAAAUCAUUUUUAGAAAAA